AGCUUGGCUCAAGUGAAGAGUUCUCAAGCUGUCACAAUCUGAGAUAGUGCACGUCUGUCGUCCACAUGUUGCGCAUGAUUCCAGCUCUUGGAGCAUUGGCGCCAGUGGUGUGGCGAGUGAAGUAUUCCAAGUGCGAACGGAGCAGCCAAGAUUCCAAUCCCCACUCGCGGUGGCCCUGGUUCUUCGGAGGCAGUUGGACAUGGAGCCAAAAGCUGCAAGGCAAGGGAAAACAGAUGCAGAAUCAAAAGGAGCUCCAUUCGAGUAUUGUCAACCAACUGGUUGAGGAAAUCCAUCAACUGAAGAUCGACAAUGCAAGAAAGGAUGUGGAUCUCACGAGUGCGACAAAGACAAACGAGGCUUGGGAAAAGAAAUUUCAGGAGGCAGAGAACAAGAACACCAAACUUCAAUCAAAGGUCAGACUUGGAGAAGAUCGCAUAAGCAAGGCUUUGAAAGGUGGAAGGACUCGACUAGCACAAAUUCGGUUGGCAUUCAAAGAGGCGGCUCCGACAAUCUCGGACCUAGAUGCUCAUGUUUUGGCAAUUGGUAUUGAUUUGCACGAGUACUUCGAGAAGCCAGACAGCCUCUAUUGCGAACAAGAUGGAGCAGAGUUGAGGGUCCACUUUCGGCGGGGUCACAUUGACGGUGGCUGGCAAACUCGUUAUGCUUGCAUGAUGGAACUUCCUGAAUGUGAGCAGAAACGGCUUCUGCAGGUAGUUCAAGAUCAGAUCAAAAAGCAGCAAGAACUGUUUCCAACCAGACUGGUCGUGAAGAAGACCUUCGAGUUGCACCUUUCAAAGUGCUUUGAUGGAGUUUCAGAUUUGGAAUCGCAGGAUCCAUCAACGACAGAGAAGUUGAUCAAAGCACAUUGCAGGAAGUUUGAACAGCAGCUGGAACAGGCCUUUUCUGAUUUAAAGGAGAAAAACAUCGAUGUCGAGGCAGUUUUGCUAGACUCCUGGCAGCCCUUGCAUAUGCUUUAUUGCCUUGCGCAGUAUGACAAGCUGGCCAGGAAGUUGCCUGAAGUCCAGAAACAGGUCCUGCCGCAGAAGUCCUCGCAGGAGGUUGUCCUUCGCCUGUUUGACAUGUACAAGAACUCUGAGACUGCAGAGUUUUAAUUGUGAUACAGUGGGUGAUGUGUGCAGGUCUUGUCUUGGAUGUGGAGGUUUGCAGG